GGUGGAAGGGGGGCUGGAUGGGUGUAGCAGGGAAGCAAAGAUGGACGUCGGAGUUGGCGGAGCGUUGGUUGUCAACAAUAAACAGCGAGCGAUGUUACCCAACAAAGGCAGGGGCGAAUUCAUCCGAAAUCAGAGAAAGGACUCGGAGGGUUUUUCUGAAUCUCCUGAUCUAGAGUUUGAAUAUGCUGAUACAGACAGAUGGGCUGCAGAGCUUUCAGAGCUGUAUAGUUACACAGAGGGACCAGAGUUUCUGCUCAACAAGAAGUGCUUUACUGAAGAUUUCAGGACACAUGUGACAGAUAAGAAAUGGACAGAACUGGACGCCACUCAGCACAGGGCCCAUGCGAUGCGGCUCCUGGAUGGGCUGGAAGUGACGGCCAGGGAGAAGAGGCUCAAAGUAGCCAGAGCUAUUCUGUACAUGGCUCAGGGCACAUUUGGGGAGUGUUGUUCAGAGGCUGAGGUGCAGCACUGGAUGAGAUACAAUAUCUUCCUGCUCCUGGAGGUGGGCACAUUCUCUGCCCUGGUGGAGCUGCUCAACAUGGAGAUUGAUAACAGUGCAGCCUGCAGCAGUGCGGUGCGGAAACCAGCGAUCUCUCUGGCUGAUAGCACUGACCUCAGGGUGCUGCUCAACAUCAUGUACUUGAUGGUGGAGACUAUCCAGCAGGAGGACGAGGCUGACAAACCAGAGUGGAGGGCUGCCCGUGAGACCUUCAAGACGGAGCUGGGCUCCCCUCUCUACAACAAUGAGCCCAUCUCAGUCAUGCUAUUUGGGAUGGUGACCAAGUUCUGCAGUGGCCAUGCUCCCCACUUCCCCAUGAAGAAGGUCCUUCUGCUGCUCUGGAAGAGCAUUCUGUUCACACUGGGAGGUUUUGAGCAGCUCCAAAACGUAAAGAUCAGGAGACGGGAAGAGCUGGGACUGCCCCCCUUGCCCGAGGACAGUAUCCGGGUCAUCCGCAACAUGAGGGCUGCCUCGCCCCCUGCCUCCGCCUCUGACCUCAUCGAGCAGCAACAGAAACGAGCUCGCCGGGAACACAAGGCACUCAUCAAACAGGACAACCUGGACGCCUUCAACGAAAAGGACCCGUACAAAUCGGACGACCCCCGAGAGGACGAGGACGAUAAUGACGACAACGACAACAGCCUGGAGGCUGAGACCUUUCCCCUGGAGCGAGACGAAGUCAUGCCACCCCCUAUCCCACAUCCGCCCUCUGAAAGAGUAUCUUUCCCCAAGGGCCUGCCUUGGGCCCCCAAAGUGAGGGAGAAGGACAUUGAAAAUUUUCUUGAGUCUAGCCGAAGUAAAUUUAUUGGUUACACCCUAGGAAAUGACACAGAUACGGUGGUUGGGUUGCCCAGGCCUAUCCAUGAAAGUAUCAAAACUCUGAAACAGCAUAAAUAUAUAUCUGUAGCUGAAAUUCAGAUAAGAAAAGAAGAAGAGUUUCAGAAGACUCCACUUUCUGGGGGGGAAGAGGAGGUUGACAUGAGUCCGACAGAGCUCCUAUAUCAAGGCAUUCUCCCAAGCCUUCCGCAGUACAUGAUUGCUUUGUUAAAGAUCCUUCUUGCUGCUGCCCCUACUUCAAAGGCCAAGACUGAUUCCAUCAACAUUCUGGCAGAUGUCUUACCCGAGGAGAUGCCCACAACGGUGCUGCAGAGUAUGAAGUUGGGGGUGGAUGUAAACCGGCACAAAGAGAUCAUUGUAAAAGCCAUCUCUGCCAUCCUGCUGCUGCUUCUCAAGCACUUCAAACUCAACCACGUGUACCAGUUUGAGUACAUGGCUCAGCACCUUGUCUUUGCAAACUGCAUCCCUCUGAUCCUAAAAUUCUUCAACCAGAACAUCAUGUCCUACAUCACGGCAAAGAACAGUAUUUCUGUGUUAGAUUUUCCUCACUGUGUGGUACAUGACCUCCCUGAACUCACUGCGGAAAGCUUGGAAGCAGGUGACAAUAACCAGUUCUGCUGGAGGAAUCUCUUCUCCUGCAUCAACCUGCUACGCAUCCUGAACAAGCUGACCAAGUGGAAGCACUCACGGACUAUGAUGCUUGUGGUGUUUAAGUCAGCCCCCAUCCUGAAGAGGGCACUGAAGGUAAAGCAGGCCAUGAUGCAGCUGUACGUGCUGAAGCUCCUCAAGGUGCAAACCAAGUAUCUGGGACGCCAGUGGAGGAAAAGCAACAUGAAGACCAUGUCUGCCAUCUACCAGAAAGUGCGCCAUCGGCUCAAUGAUGACUGGGCAUAUGGCAACGCAGACCUGGAUGCCCGGCCCUGGGAUUUCCAGGCGGAGGAAUGUGCGCUGCGAGCCAACAUCGAGCGCUUCAACAGUCGCCGCUACGACAAGGGCCAGGGUAAUCCCGACUUCCUGCCCGUGGACAACUGCCUGCAGAGCGUCCUGGGACAGCGGGUGGAGCUGCCAGAGGACUUCCAGAUGAACUACGACCUCUGGCUGGAACGCGAGGUCUUCUCCAAACCGAUCUCCUGGGAAGAGCUCCUGCAGUGAGACGCUGCCUCCCCACGAAUCACCCCACUCAUUCCUCUCCCUCCAGCAGAGGGCUGUUGAACACUACAGUAUGGAGCGGACACCUUACUCUCUUCCUUCUUUGAAUCUCUCUGGGAUUCAGAAGUACAAAAGGGAGUACAUUAGUGUAUAUAGUCUUACCUCCUGUUGACCAGGUGUUAAUGCCUGUAACGUGCUUCUUACCUGAGUUUUCUAAUUCUUUCUCCCAUUACGCUAACAAUGGUCUGCUGUACGCAGCGGCCACUGAACACUGCUUAUUUAUUGUGCAAACAGUGAUUGUGAAAUUGCAAUCUGUACUUAACCAUAAUACCAAAGGGGCAUAUGAAUUUGGAAGCCUUGCUGUUAUAAAGAACGCUACUAGAAUUUUAGGGAAGUGUUUCUAAUAUGGAGGAGAGACCUCACACCUUUAAAUGAGACCAGAAUGAAUUGGCUUCAUUGGUACAAGUUUAAAAAAUCCAUUCACUGACUAAAUUAGCUUUUGCUUCUUAAUGUGGAAUUGGUGUCAUUCAUCAGCUUUUGGAAAUAGAUAAAAAGAAGCUUUAGCUUGUGGUUGGCUUUAAUUUAGGUUUAGCUAGAAAUGACUAAGAGUGCUGAUGGAAGAUCAAGUAAAACAGUACUUGGCUUAGAGGCCCUGGCAGCAGGCUGCACAGGGAGUUUCUUUCCAAAAACUAAACAUGGACAAAACCCUUAAACUUGUUCUUCUUCAACCAAUUCUUGUGAAAGAAAAGAGUAGAUAAGGUUGUGAACAAAAGGGUUAUAAGUAGCAUCUUAGAAAAAACAACUGAAAUUCUGGAGUUUAGAAUGUUAACCUAUUUUAUUUAACAUCUGAAGAACACACUUUUUUUGUCCCCUUUGACAGUUUUCUGAUGGAUCUUUUCAAAAAGUGACUUCUACAUUCAGUAGCUCAUGAAUACUUUUAACUCCAGAGGUCUUGCACCAUUUGGAGUGAAUGAUCAUUGUAUUGUGGUGGGUUAGCAUGCUGCUAGUCAAAACUGAUGUUUACACGACAGGUGGCUCUAUGUUGCUUAUCAGAGACAAAGAAAUGGGGGCUUUAGUAUUUUUAAAUUUCUGUAAGUCAUGUUGUAGUUUUGAAUGUGGGGGAGGGGACCAUUGGUUGACUGUUCAUGUAAAUGGCUGUUCUCCAUUUUUAAGUCACAUAAAUCUGAAAGUUUUAAACUAUCAAGAAGCAAAAUAAUCAUGGCAUUCAACUUUUUAUAUACUGUAUUAAAUAAACUAUCUUGCUGUAAAAAGGUGUAAUGUUUAAUAUUAAAUUUUGAAUGCUGCAAACUCA